AUGCUGCUUUUGGAACACUAUGAGGUCGACGCCAGCUCUCUGGGCGCAGUGGCCCCCAUGGCCGGCCUGUUGCAGUGCGCGGCAAAGGAGCCGGCGGGCGUCGCGUUCCACACUACUGUCCUGCGCCAGCAGGGCCUGCUAGUGGACAAGGAGGAGGACAGCACCUUGAACGCCGGCGCGGGCGAGGCAGCCGAGUCAUCGCGGCCGUUGUCAGCCGGCGGCGCCGACGCUGAUCUGCAGCCGCCGCCGGGCGUCAGCUGGAAGCGCUCCAAGGCGAAGCAGAAGGGGGACAAGAAGAAGAAGGACUCAGACUACUACGCGCUGCUGGGGCUGCAGAACGAGCGGUGGACCGCCACGGACCAGCAAAUUAAGCUCGGUGGGGAGGCGUAUGAGGUGCUGUCUGACCCGGCCAAGAGGCGCGAAUAUGACUCAACCGACGAGUUUGACGACACGCUGCCGACUAGCUGCGCAGCGGCUGACUUUUUCAAGGUGUUUGGCCCGGCUUUCCGCCGCAACUCGCGCUGGAGUGUGGACCGCGCAGUGCCAGACGUGGGCAGCCUAGACACCCCAUGGUCCGAGGUGUCAGCGUUCUAUGACUUUUGGUACAGCUUCAAGUCGUGGCGCGAGUUCCCUCACCCAGACGAGGAAGACGUGGAGUCGGCAGAGAGCAGGGAGCACCGCCGCUGGAUUGAGCGGAUCAAUUCCAAGCUGCGUGAGAAGGGGAAGAAGGAGGAGGCCAAGAGGCUGCGGGAGUUUGUGGACGCCGCCUACCGCAUCGACCCCCGCAUUGCAGCGCGGAAGGAUCUGGAGCGGCUCGAGAGGGAGCGGAAAAAGGCCGAGAAGGAAGAUGCAAAGCGGCUGCAGCGUGAAGAGGAGGAGAGGAAGAAGGCCGAGGAGGACGCAAGGAGGCGCGAGGAGGAGGAGGAGGCCAAGCGCAAUGCCGCUGAGGCCAAGCGUCAGCGCGAGGCGGACAAAAAGCUGCUGAAGCGGGAGCGGCAGCGCCUGCGCGCCCUGGUGGAUGGCGGCGGUGGCGCUGGGCGGCUGCUUGGGGAAGACGAGACUGAGAAGCUUUGCCAGGGCCUCGACACGGCGGCGCUGGCGGCCCUCUGCGAGGCUGCGAGCGCAAAGGGUCUGUCCUCGGAGCAGCAGCGCGGGGUGCUGGAGGCGCAGUUGGAGGAGAUGCGGCGUGGGGAAGCGUCAGCGGCGGAAGAGCGGGAGCGGCAAAAGGAGUUGGCAGCAGCCGCACUCAAGGACAUAGCCAAGCGCGAUCACGAGCGGCGCAUGGCCAGCAUGAGUGAGUGGACAGACGAGGAGCUGCGGCUGCUGGACAAGGCCUGCACCAAGUUCCCCAUGGGCACGCCAAGGAGGUGGGAGGCUGUUGCGGCGUACGUUCGCACGCGGCCGCUCGAUGAGGUGUUGCUGAUGGUCAAGGAGCGGCAGGGCGCUGCUUCCAACAGGCUGCGGCAGCAGGAGGACUGGAAGGGCGCCGCCAAGAAGCGCGCGGAGGUCACGUCUGAGGCGGACCUGCGCUGCAUGGCCUUCACUGACGUGGAGGUCAGCGUGCUGGCAGAGGGGACUGCGGCGGCCACACAGCAGCAGACGGCCGCCGCCACAUCCAGCAGCAGCAUCGCAGGGCCCGGCCCUGGCAAGGGUGCUGGCAGCGGCGGCAGUAAGGGGGGCGCGGCCGAAAACGCUGCAGCGGCGGGCACCGGCAAUGGCAGCGGCGUCGGCGCCAAGCCCAAGAAGGUGGUUUCUGCCGACUCGGGGGAGUGGAACGAGGCGCAGGAACUGGCGCUUGUGCAGGGGCUGAAGCAGUUUGGAAAAGAGCUGCCGGACAGGUGGGAGCGCAUCGCGGGCGUGGUGCAGGGCAAGAGCAAGGCGCAGUGCUUCAAGCGGUUCAAGGAGCUGAAGGACGCCUUCAAGGCCAAGAAGACAGAGGCGUGA